GGCUUCCCAGCGGACCCCAUUGGGACCUGCAUUGAGAUCGCAUUUCUGACUCAGCGCCCUACAUCCAUCGGAAAGCCUGCGGUGCUGCUGCACCGCCGCGGCGGAUCCCCCGCUCCACGAUGCUGCCUGACCCGAGGCCCUGGGCCUCCCUGCUGCUGGCGGACCUGGCCUUCCUUUGGCUCCUUCAGGGCACUGUCGGGGCGCUGCUCCCCCGAGGGCUUCCAGGACUAUGGCUGGAGGGGAUCCUGCGACUCGGAGGACUGUGGGGACUGCUCCGACUGGCAGGGCUGCUGGGGUGUGUGAGGACCUUGCUGCCCCUGCUGUGUCUGGAGACCCCCGUGUUUCUCUCUCUGCGGGCUCUGGUGGGAGGGGCCUUGAAUGCUCCCCCAGUACGCGUGGCCGAGGCCCCUUGGAGCUGGCUGCUGUUGGGUUACGGGUCUGCGGGGCUCAGCUGGGCUCUGUGGGCUGUGCUGAGCCAUCCAGAAGGAGCCCAGGAGAGGGAUCCAGGCCUGGAGGACAGCAAAGCCCUCGUGUGGAGGCUGCUGAGGCUCGCCAGGCCAGACCUGCCCUACCUCCUGGCCGCCUUCUUCUUCCUCACUAUGGCCGUGUUGGGGGAGACAUUAAUCCCUCACUAUUCUGGUCGUGUGAUUGACAUCCUUGGAGGUGAUUUUGACCCUGAUACCUUUGCCAGCGCCAUCUUUUUCAUGUGCUUAUUUUCCAUUGGGAGCUCCCUGUCUGCUGGCUGCCGAGGUGGCUCCUUUCUCUUCACCAUGUCCAGAAUCAACCUCAGGAUCCAGGAGCAGCUUUUUUCCUCCCUGCUGCAUCAGGACCUCGAGUUCUUCCAGGAGACAAAGACAGGGGAACUGAACUCAAGACUGAGCUCAGACACUGCCUUGAUGAGCAGAUGGCUUCCUCUGAAUGCCAACGUAUUUCUGCGGAACCUGGUGAAGGUGGUGGGGCUGUACGGCUUCAUGCUCAGCGUGUCAGCCCGCCUCACCCUCCUCUCACUGCUCGACAUGCCUCUUACAAUAGCAGCGGAGAAGGUGUACAAUGUCCGCCACCAGGCUUUGCUUGUGAAGAUCCAGGACGAGGCAGCGAAGGCUGGGCAGGUGGUGCGGGAGGCAGUUGGCGGUGUGCAGACGGUGCGCAGUUUCGGAGCAGAGGAGGAUGAAGUGUGUCGCUAUAAGGAGGCCUUGGAGCGAUGCCGGCAGCUGUGGUGGAGAAGGGACCUGGAGCGAGCCUUGUACCUGCUCAUCCGGAGGGUGCUGGGCUUGGGUGUGAAGGUGCUGGUGAUGAGCUGCGGGGUGCAGCAGAUCCUGGCUGGCGAGAUCACCCAGGGCAGCCUGCUCUCCUUUCUGCUUUACCAGGAAGAUGUGGGGCACUUUGUACAUGCGCUGAUAUACAUGUAUGGGGAUAUGCUGAGCAACGUGGGAGCUGCCGAGAAAGUUUUUGGAUACCUGGACAGAAAGCCCAAUCUGCCCCCAGAGGGGACUCUGGCCCCAGCCGCACUGCGGGGCCAGGUGGAGUUCCGAGAUGUCUCCUUUGCCUAUCCCAGUCGCCCAGAUCAGCCUGUGCUCCAGGGCCUGACAUUCACCCUGCGUCCUGGGGAGGUGACAGCACUGGUGGGACCCAAUGGGUCUGGGAAGAGCACCGUGGCUGCCCUGCUGCAGAACCUGUACCAGCCCACCCGGGGGCAGGUGCUGCUGGAUGGAGAGCCCAUCUCCGAGUAUGAGCACCGCUACCUGCACAGGCAGGUGGCUUCGGUGGGGCAGGAGCCCACGCUGUUCUCGGGUUCUGUGAGGGACAACAUCACCUAUGGGCUGGCGAGCUGUGAGGACGAGCAGGUGCUGGAGGCCGCUCGCGUGGCCAACGCGGACGAUUUCAUAAAGGAAAUGAAGCAUGGGAUCCACACAGAUGUAGGGGAGAAAGGCAGCCAGUUGGCCGUGGGACAGAAACAACGUCUAGCCGUAGCCCGGGCCCUGGUGCGGGACCCACGGGUCCUGAUCCUGGACGAGGCCACCAGUGCCCUAGACGCCCAGUGUGAGCAGGCUCUGCAGGCCUGGAAAUCCAGUGGGAACAGGACAGUGCUGGUGAUCACGCACAGCCUGAACACAAUUCAGGAGAAGGACCAGGUUCUGGUGCUGCGGCAGGGGCGGCUGCUGCAGCCUUCCCAGCUCAGGGAGGGCCAGGACCCCUAUGCCCGCCUGGCACAGCAGCAGCAGCAGGACUGAGGCCUGCACAGCAGGGCUGUCCCAGGCCCAUCACUUGGACCCAGACCCCCAUCCAGCACGGCUUCUGUGAACUGCCCUGCGUCCCUGAGGAGUGGUCCCUGGAGCUGGAGGCACGGUGGAGAUCUGGAUCGUGGGUCCUUUG